AUGUGACAUCCCUUGCCAGUGAUUGGCUUAGGAAUGGGCAUGUGAUAUCCCUUGCCAGUGAUUGGCUUAGGAAUGGGCAUGUGAUAUCCCUUGCCAGUGAUUGGCUUAGGAAUGGGCAUGUGACACAAUUCUGGCCAAUGAGGUGUGAGGGAAGUCUGCUAGGUGCUUUUGGGAAAGCUAAGAAGGGACACUAAUGACACUGGGUCUCGUUUGAUGUUGCUGUGUGAGUGUAAGAGACCUGAGCUUUGGUGGCCAUCUUGUGAACACAGAGUGACAAGUCUAAGGACUGAAACUAUGACAUGGGGGCAUGGAAGUUUCCCUGGCAUCAUCUGCAACCUGCAGAUCCGACCCUCUGGGAGUGAAGUCUGGGAAUAAACAGCUGCCCCUCACAUUCACCAACCAAGAGACAGAAGAAAGUUCUUGAUUUUGGAAUAAUGGUUGCCGGCCAAUGGAAGACACGAUCCGACCACAAACAUUAUGGGCGGAAAAGCCAACACAGCCGACUCCGUGGAGAGACUGUUGCUUUCAGGCUGAUUCUGCAAGAAGGUGCUGAAAGGGCAGUGGCUUAUGGCAUUUCACUUGCCAGGUCCCUAGACGAGCUUCCUCUGCCGAGGUGCCUGAGAUCCUGUCAUUCUUGGCUUCUGGGAAAAUGUGACUCUAUCAUGGUUGAGGAGUGUAAAUCAUCAUCACUCUCAGGAUACCUGGGUCCUUGCAUGAUGCCACUGCUGGGAGGAAAAGUCACCUUCGGUCCCCAAACACCUAAACAGAGUUGUUACAUGAGCAAUAAUUACAUUCACCUGCACGCAGGCUGUCUAUCAAGAAGGACCCUUGGGACCAACACCUGUGACGAGGUGGGCAGAGGAGCAUGCUGUGCUGUGACGGAGGCUUCCCAGCAAUCUCAGAUGACCCCGCAGGACUCUGGGCUGUGCAUGACAGUGUCCACUACAGUAGGGCUCUGUACUCAUGCUUCCGGCUCAUGCUCGAGGACUGACUCAGAGGUGUUCCGGACUGGCGAACGUCUCUUUUCCAAGUGGUUAUUCAAGGACCAGAGUCGUGGGCAGAUGCUGGACGCUCACAGUCCACUCUGGCAAUUUCCACUCCUCAUGACCUGCUUGAAAGGUGGCGCCACAACGUAGGUUUUUAAGCUGCUGACUGCCUGUGGUUUCCAUCCAGUGCAUUGUACAAGAUCCAGCCAUGGGGGCAGCUCUUGGAGGA